AUGGCCGACAGCCAGAUGCCUUUCUCCUGCCAUUACCCCGGCAGGCGCAGUGUCCGCGACCCUUUCCGGGAGCCCGGCUUGACCUCGCGCCUGCUGGACGAUGACUUCGGCAUCUCACCCUUCCCCGGGGACCUGACGGCGGACUGGCCUGACUGGGCUCGGCCCCGGCUCACCACCACCUGGCCGGGUCCCCUGCGCUCUGGCAUGACCCGCGCCUCCACCAUGGCCCCCAGCUAUGGCACCCGCUUCGGGGGGUACCCCGAGAGCCGCAGCCCCGCGCCCUUUCCCCGCGAGCCCUGGAAGGUGUGCGUCAACGUGCACAGCUUCAAACCUGAGGAGCUGACGGUCAAAACGAAGGAUGGCUACGUCGAAGUGUCAGGCAAACACGAGGAGCAGCAGGUGGAAGGAGGGAUCGUCUCCAAGAACUUCACCAAGAAAAUCCAGCUGCCUUACGAGGUGGACCCCAUCACGGUCUUCGCCUCCUUGUCACCAGAGGGUCUGCUGAUCAUCGAGGCACCCCAGAUCCCUCCCUACCAGCAGUAUGGUGAGGGUGGCUGUGGCAGUGAGAUCCCCGUUGAGAGCCAAGAGGCCACCUGUGCCUGAGCGUCCACCCACAUCCCUUCUGCACCCCAGCAUCCCUCCUCCCUUCUCCCUGCUCCCCUUGGAUCCCCACUCCCCAGUCCCGUGCAGCGUGGCAUCCAACGAGGGUGAUGGGUGCUGCUCGCAGGGACGGCAUCACUUGCCACCCCACGGGAGCCCAGCUGAGAGCUGGGGUAUGUGUGCAGAGUGCUGGGCCACCAUCCUUGAGGGCUUGUAGCUGCCUGAGGUGCCAGUAGAGAUGUUGUGCCCAUGAGGCUGAGCAGAACGGAUGUUCUCAUGAUGGCUAUUUUCUGUGCUGAGUUGCUCAGAUGGGAUAUUUAUAACAAUAGCAGAAAAGGGCCCUUUUUUUCUCUAGAUCUGAGGUGGAAUCCCAUAGCCCUGUGCCUUUUCCUCCUCCGUGGGUUGGGCUUUUUUUAAGCUACAUCUCUGCAAAGGACACACGUCCGGCAGCGGAGCUUGACGGCACAGCCUCUGUCCUGAGAAACGCAAACUGUCCGCGUGUUUUGAACAUUCGGGUUUGGGUGGUUUUUUUUUCUUGUUUUGUGUUUGUUUUGUUUUGUUUUUUUCCAAAGACAAUUUGUGCUUUUACUUGUCAGACCUGAGGAAUAAAA